UUUGAAUCAAUUGAUUGUUUUUCGAAGCGAGAAAAAUAAUUUCCAUAGACAUACAGAGUUCAUCAUUUGUGUGUGGGCUGUGAUACUGCCCGGGUGCCCAGUCCGAAGCAGGUGGUUAUCUUAGGGGCCACACCCCGAGCCUUUGACCUAAAGGUCUAACCCACAAGGCAGUGGAGCAUCGUAAGGAGAUGCAAUCCCAUGGUAGCCGGUGACCAACGAUUGGUUCAUACGCCAUUUGUUCCCGCAGGAUACUGGAGCCCAUGUGCACCAUUGGUUUGUGAUCCGGUUAAAGCGCCGGACAUUCGCUUUUCGUCCUCUCAUUUUCGUAAACAACACCCCCGCCACGAGAAUGCAAUGAGUAGGACUUCCCUGACAGAGGCUGUAUACGCGUGGCCGUGUGAGAGUAUUUCGAGAGGGAGAGCGGACUCUCCCCACUCUCGGCCGUACCAGGGCAUUCAGGGAACCUGAAAAAGAAUACAAUCUUAGCACUGUCCAAACCAAUGACGUUCGAUUGGUAUGAGCAGCCUAGCGUCUUUAUUGGUCAUUUUCCUACUGGCCCUGCCACUUAAGUCCAUAACACCAAUACUAGCUUCCAUUAUGUAAAUCCUCUAUUUCAAACACACCUGGUUUAUACACAAGCCAAAUGGACCACAUCACACCACAAAAUAGGAAACAGCAUUUGUACAAGAUCAAGCCGAAAAGUGAUUGGGAGACAGUAAUUAAUAAACUGGACAUAACUUAAGAACAGUAAAUCGUAUAAUGAUUGUCUAUAGGUUAAAAUAAAGCUUAUAACAAGAGGAGUAUAGAUAUGCAGUCUAGUUACUGAAUAGCUAUACGAUAAGAAUACACAUAUAAUAUUAGUCCAUUGACAGUUCUCAGAAGUUCCCUAUAAUUUGAUCUUCACUAGGAUAUAACAGUUCUCUUCUCUGGUUUAUAUGGUUCCGGUCUGUCGUGUGGUUGAUGCAAAACGGGUUCAUUGGAUGUUAUUCGCCACUGAUCCUUCUUUUGUGGUUUGCCUUUUCUAAACGGGUUCGCUCUGUUAGGCCAUCCAGCUCGGAAGACAACACAAAUUUACUAUGAAAUUCGUAUACCUAAAUCUCAGGCCAGAAUAAUAUCGACAGAACAUUUGCGAAAAUUGAGUAAACUAAAACCAUAUUUUGCAAACGAAGCUUAGUUAGAAUGGUUUUCAGAAAAAUAAUGUACUGAAUGCAUCGAGUUUAAAAGUCUUUACGAAAACGGUAGGUUUACGAAAUUCAUUAGGAUAUAUUAGAAGUCUUCAACUUUUCGUGCAAAUGUGGAAAAUUUAAGUAGUGACUAGAAAGUCGACUGUAAAGCAAAGUAACCAACAACCGUACCGAUUUCUGUAUUAUAAAUAGAUGUUUCAAUCAAUGUAAAGUGGACCUAUUUUCUAUCAGCGAAUACACAUUGAUCUGAACUAGAAUUUUCAAUUUCCAGUUAUGUUUUACCCUUCAGUUCUCGGUUCCUUUUUAAAUUCCCAACUCCAUAUCAAUAGUUUAAGUACUUUAAUCUAUUGUUUUUUAAGCAAGGGUGGAUAAUAGCUGGCAGUAGAAUCCAGGACGCGCGUUUGGUUUGGGGCUUGUCAGUUGGAUGUACCUGCAUCCCAAAUUUGGUGUUCACACCUUGACUCGAACCCAGUGCCGUUCGCAUCAAUCACCAUCGUGUUGUUUACCCAGCUACUGAACUUUUUAAUUUUAUCAUUUACUGUAGCCGUGCAACGCACAGCUUAACAAUUGUCCUGUAAUAAAUUGAGUUUCUUUUCUACUGGCCCUACCCUUGUUUGCAAAAUAAUCGGAACAACCAGAUAUAGGAUGUUGUGCACCAACUUGCCGAAUUUAUUGUGUAAGAUAAGUGAAGCUCUAGAACAUGAUGGUAUUAACUUUGUAUUCAUCUGCAAGUCACAGAAAAUAUACAUAAAUAAAUAAAUGUAAAUAUUUGUGGAUCGUUUCUUGUCAUACAUAGUUUGUAUAUUGUCAUCUCCCACUCAUAUGUGUCUUUAUUUAUUGAGUACAACCUUUAAUAUGCUGUACAGUUGUGCAGGCCAACUUUUAUACCAUAAAAUGAAUUAUAGCUAUUCAGUUUUGGCAUUAACCACUGAACUUUUGGAUUACGCUCUUGCACUUUAUAUAUCGUCACAUUCAUCGUAGUUUUUUUGCUUCACUGUUUAUAAAAAAUACUCAUUACUUUUUAGGCUGCUCGUAUAGAUGGCUUCCCUGGAGUAAUAACCGCUUUGGGAAACAUAUUAUUACGCAGUGAUCUGUUAGUAGCAACUACUACUCGUGAGCAAUUGUUAGAAACUGUCACUGCCUAUAAAAUGGCUCUUCAAAAUGUCAACAGUGGUGUUUUUUCUGAAACCAAUACAUCACUUAACAAAAUCCCUUCUCAUGUUGGGCGAUCUGGAGUAAAUACGGGUCCAUCACUUUCUACAGACACUUCAGCCACAAUGUGUUCGUCCUCUGCUACACCAAAUAGUUUGGGAUUACCUUCUCCUGUUGAAGGCCUUAAUUCUGUUAUCUCAGAAGGAAAUGGACUUUUUACAGGAAAUCUAAAGUUUGUAGAAUCACGGUUGUUUUUAUUCGAGCAAAUGCUACUCGUAACGGAAGAAGUUAAACCAAAGCGUCGUGUAGCUACCAGUGAUACAUUUUCCCAGUCUACUUAUCAGUUUAAAGCUGCAAUAAAUGUCAACAAAAUGCGUUAUGAGUCUCAUUGGUACAAUUGUACUCUUUCGAGUGGUCACAUAAAUUCAGAAGCUGCAACUAUUGAUAAUCUUUUGUGCAGUGGCUAUUCACCUGACGAUCUGCGGUUUGCAAUUUUAGACCAAACUCCUGGAAAAGACUUCGUCUAUGUUAUUGAUCCUAUUAGCUGUUCGAAUAGAGAAGCAUGGGUUGUACAGUUGCGUGAUAUUCAGCAUAUGCAGCACGAAUUUUUGCUUGCUCUCCAAGAUCCAAGGAAAUUCAACACUAGCACUCGGGAUGAAGGAUGGGGUAAGUUGUUUGUAUAACACUUAACACACAAGUAAUUUCUUAGAAUCCUAAAUUUGACCGUUGAUUCUCAAAUAAAGUACGUUUCGAAUAAUCAGACUAUGCAAUCGACACUAAAUCAGUUGUCAGUCAAUAUAUAUACCUAUGUCAUGUACUUUUCACACACUAAAUUUACUGACUCGUGUUAGUGAGCAGAUAGUAGUCGAAAAGUUUUUUAUCUGGGUAGCUGUUUGAAUGCUGAUGGUUGCUAGAUUGAUGAAAGGCAAACUGUGUCCGAAAAAUCGCUGAAGUUCAGAGGCAACACUAUAUUUAUAAUGUGAAAGUUUGGCACAGUGAUGAUCAUUAAAUUGACGUUAUCAUCGACGUGUACAACGAACAUCGUCUCAGUGAGUCCCACAUUGUACUUUGUGACAUGCUGGAUAAUAAUAGAAAGCUGUGCAGAACUGGCAUUUGUCAGUCUAUCACGAUUCCUUAGCUGUGGUCCGAGAGAUAAUCUAACUCAAUGGUUUGAAACUUUAUCAAACAUGUUUCCGAAUAAAAGCCUGUGACUGGCGUACUUUAGUUUCUUUUUAAUUCAUAAACAUGAGAGCAACUUUAACGGAAGUGGGUUUUUUCUUGUAUUUUCUCAAAUAAACUGUUUUUCCCACUAGAUCUUACAAAGGAUGUCUGAUCCGAAUUUCCCAUUUAAAAUUUCUAACUUGAAUGUUUUCAGAACCCAGCUUAUCGUUAUGAUAUAUAUGCAAAUUUUUAUAAAGCUUCAACGAAUCUGCAAGUGUGCCUGUGUUCGAAAAUGUUGAAGCAUAAAUAUUUGAUCUUAACGUGUUGUUGGGCAUCACAUUUGUCGAGUUUUCUUAAGUUGGUCAUUCUUGUUCUCCAGUUAAUCGACAGCUAUAUUUGGAGGUCAUUAUCCUAAAAACCCUGUUAUCCAAGCUCUUUUAUCUUUGACAGUUACAUAAGAAUAUAUAUUUCCUUAAAUUGUCAGUGCUAAUUGUUAGAACGAUACUUGUGUAGCUCCAAAAUAUACCUCGAUUACCAGCCAGUAGUGCACCUAGACUUCCUGCUUCGAAGGUACAAAAGCAUUCACGCUUAUUUCUGUUUUACUUCACGGCAGCGAAACAUGGCCUUUAAGAGUAGAAGACACUCGUAAGCUACUAGUAUUUGACCACAGAUGCCUUAGAAAUAUUGCUGGAGUCUGCUGGGAUCACCGGGUAAGUAAUAUUGAGGUUAGACGCAGGGUAUUAGGGAAUGAUGGUAAAUCAGUUGACGAGUUUGUUAAUCUUCAUCGACUGAGAUGGUUGGGUCACGUGUUACGUAUGCCUGAACAUUGAUUACCACGACGUGCAAUCCUAACCGGUGUUGGAGAUGGUUGGAAGAAGGUUAGGGGCGGCCAAACCAAAACGUGGCAUCAGUGCUUGAAGUCACUAACUCCUAGUGUGAGCCAUGUUGAUAGAUGCAGACUACUUGGUUGGGGUCCGCGUGACUUUCGUAACCAAUGGUUGGAGACCCUUGGUGACAUGGCUCAGAAUUGAUCACAAUGGCGUCGGUGUAUACACUUUCUGUCUUCUCUUAAACUAAGAGAUUAAGAUCACUUCACAUCUUUCUUUCUACGAACUAAUUCUUUCUUCCUGUACUAUAUCCUUAUUGCAAUCUUUCUUUUAUAUAUUACCACCUCUGAAUUCACCACUUAUAUGAAUCCGGUGUCCAUCUUGUUGUGUUAAUGAGGUAUGGUAACUUGGACCGAUGCAUAAAUGUGCCUGGUCCUACGUUGUAGCUGACUGACUGAUUUCGGCCACUCAUUUUCACGACAUUGUACUGCAUAACACCUUUCCAAUUAUGCCUGUUGGGGCUGACUCCUCUCGAACAUAAUUCUAUACAUAUGCCUCUGAACCUAUAAAGAGUCACUUACCUGGUGCUCAAAAGACGAGUCCACAUUCAUGUCUAAAAUUGAUGCUCGACUUAAAAUGAUUAUGGUCUACAUAAGUGCAGAAGACGGUUACCAUGACUGCUCACUUUCUACUUGGCGUUCCUCCCUCUUAUAUUGAAGCCUGAAAUCAAAUUGACCAUGUGAUAUGGUAAAAAAGCCCAGGUGUGAUCGGUCUGUACGAUGGCACUGUCAUGGAAACUGGCAUUAUGAUAUUGCCAUCACGACUCUCAGGUUGGGAUUCUAGAGAUUGUGAGACCUAGUGGCUUGAAACGUUAUCAUAUAUUGCUCAAAAUUUGGGCUAGUGAUGAUUUUGUUGUAGCUUCCUAUUACAUUGUUCACAAAAGUGAGAUGACCUCUCUUAAAUGAAACUCCUCUUGUGUUUACUUUUAACUGAACUGAAGCUCAUUAAGUACUCUACCUAUCCAUUUAUUGAUUGAUUGUAUGAAAAUUUCCUCUCCACAUUACCGUUACUUUAUUCGUGUGGUGCAUUUUGUUGGUACGCAAGUGUGCCGAAAUCUAUCUGCUUUAAUUAAUUAAUUUAAUGUAUAUUUGCUAUCUGAGGUCAAGUGAAUAACCACACUUGGUUCUUGUAUGCGAGUUUCAAUGAUAACUUAUAAGGUUAUCACGUAACUUAAGGUUCUUGGAUAGUGAAGCCUGUUUUGUUUUAUACAUUCAGAACACUAAAAACUGUUACAUAUAUUUAUGUUUGGGAUUCUAGGAAUAAUUUUUUCCUAGCUCGAAUUGUUAAUACCGGUUCCAUAGUCGAAAAAUUUUGAAGCCUCAGAAGACUAUCAGAAAGGGUUUCGUAGCGGAUUUAUUUCUGGUGAACAAAGGUCUUCAAAGCUUCAAGCGUUUCUCUGCUAUCUUUAUGCAUUUCCAUUCACUGAUUUUUUUUGUUUCGGACAAUAUUUUUGUGUAUUUGCUGUAAAUGUGAUGAUUUAUACUGAUCCACAAUUUUAUGCGUUUUUAUUUAAAUAACAACAACGACCACCAACCGUUAAUGGCAAAACUAAUAUUUUUUUGGAAGUGUCAGUGAGGAAAUCUUUCAAACUGAAGUUCAAUCAGUAACUGAAUUUUACAUUCCGUCAAUAAUGUGAUUGCAUACAUGUGAUAAAACGUGUUAACCAAUAAGUCCUGUGAUUUUAUUUAACUUCGAAUAAGUGUCGUGGUAAUUGUAGUAUAAGAGAUCCACCCUUCUAAUUUGAGAUUUAAGAUUCAGUGUUGUGUAAUAUGUAAGAGUCAUAUCCAACUUUAGUUUCCCUUAACUGAUAGAUAUUUUUAUUACAUUAUAUUUUGGUUUUGAGGCUUUCUAACAGACCUCAAUAUAUGCAUGAAUAAGGUGCUAUUUACAGUUCUAGAGCAUCUACUGCAAGCGGAAAGAUACACUGGAUAAUUAGAGUUUCUAAUUACUAAUGCCUUUGUUAUAGAGCUAAAUUGAGAUGCAACCGCUAAAUCUUUUUAUUGUCUGUAAAUUAUCUAUUUACAUCUUGGUUAAAUAUUUGCUAGUUACUAAGUAUUUGUAAGUUUCUUAAAUUUGAUACUGUGUACAAUGUUUGUAAAUCACUAGUUUCUUUAUAGACGAGUUACUUUAUCAUUUUUAAAACAACAGCUUAGUGAUCAAAACAUCCGGCUUACAACCAUUAAGUCCCAGUUUCCAAAACACCCCUAUGUACUUUAGUCUCAACAUCUGGUUAGUGUCACUCAAAAAUAUACGGACCAUGUGUAAAACAUUAAUUCAUGUUUGUUAAAUAAAUCACGUCGAAUCCUAAUUUCAUUCUUUCAUAUUUUUUAUAGUUUCUCAUUUAUCUUCGCUUUGUUUCUGAUUUUUAGCUAAGGAUUCAUUAACACAUGAACUUACGUCAACUUUUAGUACAGAUCAAUCUGUACGAACUGAUGCUCAGUUAUCUAUAUCCAUAUCUUCAUGUAAUCAAGCAAGUCAACAACCACAUAAAAAGUGGCCAAGCUUUACAAUGAAACGCCCAGUUAGAUUAGGUUCUAACUCAUCUUCCAUAGGCACAAAAGAGACUGGAACAGGAAGACAGUCUUCCGCUUCACGCCCAAUUAUCCCUCUUAAAUCAAGAUCUCAAGAUCGACCAGUUUGUCUUGCUCGGUCUUUAUCUGCCGAGCGUCAAUUUCCGAAUCGCGAAAAACUUGUAGAUUCGAAGUUCUUAACUUGUGAUGAUCAAACUGGUGAUGAUGUGUGUGACACAUCAGUUUACCGCAAAUCUUCUCAAAGUGCAAAUAGCUCCUUAAAGCUGACUAAUCAAUCUGUUUGUUUACUACUACUAGAUUACUUUUAAACUGGAAAUUUAAAGCAAAUUGGAUUAAAUAUAAUUUUCUGAAUGACAGCACUACGUUCUGUCUUUUAAGACAAAUUAUGGUUAAUUUAUACCAUCUCUAACUUUCUGUGAUUUUGAAUGAGUUAAAUAUUAUACAAUGUCUGUAAGGAUUUGCAUUUAUUAAUUAUCUUCUAGAAUACUCACCGUUCAUGUAAUCGCGAUUCUAGUUCUUGUCAGUGUUAUGCUAAUAUUCUCGUCACUUGUUAGGGAAGUGUAAUUUAAAUGACAAACCAACCAAAUAUCUACCAAUAUUUCCAAUGAAUGGCACAUCAAUACAAGACUGAUUUCACGAACAAACCCAAAUAAAUGAUAAUUUUAAUCAACUGGUUGCAAAUUUGGUUUUUGUCUUCAAUAUCCAUGCAAUCACCAGAAUCUUUUUGAAUUAAUUCUAUACGAUGUGAUUAUAUUAAUUAUUAAAACAAUCCUAGCAUUGACUAACAGUACUGAUGUAAUUGAACAUUCUCAGUAAAAAAAAGCGUUUUACACUCCUGCAAAUCAUUUCAUAUUAUUUGUGUAUGAUAAAUCUAUGCAGUUAUCAAAUUAUAUCCAUAUAACAUAUUUUUAUUUACGGAAAGAUAUUUCAAGUAACUAUUCUGCUUCAGUUUUAAUUUGUUGGUGUUUUGAAAUGACAUUUUCGCGGUAGUUUGACGUCUUGGUGGCAUCAGCCAUCAAUUAUAAUCAACAAAACGGGUUGGAUAUAGACUGGAAUAAUAAUCAUAACAGUGAUGAAUACUCUCUUUACCAUUAAACUGACAAAAUGAAUAUUUCAAAUUUAAAACAAACCGAAUCUAUCUAUGGGAUGUAGACUGGAAUAUUACAAAAUAAAGAAAAAUAGUUUAUUCUACCUCUGCUUUCUUCCCGCAUGGACUUCAUUAAAUGUUCCAAGCGCCUUUAACUGAUCAGUAUGGUCUUUACAGAGGAUGAAAGCAUCGUUCAUGUAUUGGCUGUAAAAAAACCCAGUGAACUGCAACUAGCUCGUCUCCUAAUUUUCCAAGGGAAAAUACUGACUGAUAUUUGGAUUCAAUAGUGAACCCAUUUCUGCUCUAUUCCCUUUUUUUGUAUACUAUUCCACCAAACAUAAUAUUCCUAUCCAUAAUUUGUUUUAAUGAUAAGUUCUUAAUUACAUCUACUGGGAUCAUGAUGUCUGUUCCCAUUUCUCAAAUUUUGUAUCACAUAUAGUUACUGCCUCCAUAAAAGGAACAUUUGCGUAUAAUCCUAUCACAUCUAAUGAUAUCAUCGUGUCUUCUCUGGUGCUUAAAUCCUUGAUGCAGUCUAUAAAUCAGAAUACAUCUCCCCUCAAAUUGUACGAUUAACUUGCGUGGACUUUUUUUUCGCUAGUUACGAAAUUUCUUAAUCUAUAAUGUUUCCCUUGUAUUUUACAUAUCUACACUAAAACACUGCUUCGUGGUAUAAUGGAUAGUUGUUGUGCUGUUACAUUCUAAGAGCUUGUUUCAUCUUCAUAUUGUUUUUCAGUAUACAUUUAUAAGGUAGUUUAAGGUCAUAUUACUACAAGUUCAUAUAUUUGUCAAUUCUUUAAUAAUAAUAUAUGGAUUUUUUCGUUUGGAAUGUAUGUUUUAUUGAGUUGGAAAGUAUCCUACUUCCUAAUAGUCAGUUUCUUAAAGUCAUGUACCCUGUUUACCUUAUUGAUUUGUAACUGAUGAAUGACUGUCGGAUGUCUGGUAGUGGAAGUAGUGUGAUCAUCUAAGAUGACAAAGUAAAGUGAGUUUUAAGUGUAUUGUAUAAAAUGCUUCGAGCACAAAAUUAUUACAAUUAUCCUUGGCAUUACCACAAAUGUAUAUCGACAAUAGAUUCUCAACCAUUCAAGUUUGUAUAAAUAGCUUCUAAGAUUAAUGCCAGUUGAAUAACUGCUUGGAAUGUUAUACUUCAGUUUUCACAUAGGUUUAUUGUUAGGCGUCAAAUAUUGUUUUUGAUAUUUAUAGCUCUUAUAAGCGUAAUGAGAUAGUCCUGAAAGAUGUAAAUAAUAUGCCUGACAUCUAAUCUAUUGGGUGUAUUCAAUUGAGAAUUUGAAUAUAAAACUUCUUAUUUGUGUUUAUUAGCUAGAUUAAAGUGGUAAUACUAAUGCUCGCUUUAAUAAUGUUUCUCUGUAUAUAAUGAAUGAAUAUUUCCUUAAUUAUAUUACUCUAAACUGAGGCAGUGUAUAAUUAUUUUUCUUGUCAAGUUAACAGUUUUUCUCACUAGACUGAGCUUAAAAUUUAAAUUGAAUAUAUUUCAGAGAACAAAAUCGCUAUCCACCUAGGUGAGCAUGGAUGUACAUAUGACAGGUCAGGAAAUUAAAGUCAUUUUUUCAGAUAAAAUAUCUACCUAAAGUAGUGCGAUCAUGAGUUUUCUUGUCAGUUUAGUAAUUAAUCAAGGUCGAAAAUAAAGGUCACAAGACAGACAACUGUUGUUCAUUUCUCGUCUGAAAAACCAUUUUAUAGCUCACUGAUAAUAGUUGUAUAUGGCUAGCCUUCCAUAGCUAAUACGACAGCUUUUAAAAUCAUAAUUGUUAAAUGCUGUAUUACGAAAUACAGCUGGUAUAAUUAUAGUAAUAUCAUCGUUUUAUUGAUUAGAAACAUCCCUAAUUAUUUAUGACUUGCAAAGUAGUUUUGGGUCGUGUUUGAUUAGCAUUGGAUAGAAAUCGUACUACCACGAAUAAUUCAUAGCAUCCUGGAUACCAUUUUUAUUCUAUCAGUUUGCUCCAUUUCUUAUCGUGUUCUGAUCUCUCAUUUUUAGUAUUGUAGUUUGUUUAAUAAAUUUCAUCUAAAUUAGUUAUUGUUGUUAUUUAUAACUGUAAUCAUUCCUUAAUUAUCCAUUUUAUUACAUUUUCAGAGCUCAAAACUAUCAGAUAAUAUUUUACAAAAUGAAACUACUCCACAUUUAAAAGGUGGGUUGUUAAAGAAAAGAAAUGCUCUUGUAAACUUCUUUAGUCGUGGCAAACCUAAGCACAGGAGUAAACACCACCAAAGUCAGCAUCAGUUAGUUGUGCCAUCAGGAUUACAGUCUAAAUUAGAACAUGAAGCUGUUCCUGACUGUACAUUUCCUAAUUCCGAUGACCAUGUUUGUAAUUCUGAGGUAAAUUUAGGAGACAAUCCAAUCAUAUCAACUGAUAAUAUACCCAAUGUUAAACCUCAUGCUUUGGAAUAUUCAACAGAAUAACGCGGUCUAAAUAUUAAAAAUUUGAGUUUGUAUUUAGUUUAUUAAAAGUAUGAAUCUCUUUCAUCUUUGAGUAUAUUUUACCCAUGUCAUUUUACAAAUGAACCUGUUGAGGAUUAAACUAGAUUUAGCAUUUGAUCUUUGCCAAAGUUCUUCAUAUCCGGUCAAUAUUGUUUACUUUCUGUAGUGUGUCGGUAGUGUGAAUUCAUCCGUGUGCAAUACAUGCAAUUCAAACUCUGAUCUUUCAUCAUUUCAUUAUUUGACAACCAAACGCAGUAGCUUUUAAUAAAUACACGGUUGUAAUCAGCUCAAUAUUCAUAAUUAGUUCUCCAGAUCUAUUUGCCUGUUUAGUUUCUAAUAUGUUAUGUGGUGUUUAUUGUAAUUAUUAUUGCAUUCAACAAAUUCUUAAUGUGUAUUUUUUUCUUUAAUGGACUCUACAUUGUUUCAUGACCUUCACUAAAAGUUUUCUAUUUUCCAUGUACCUAUGACAUUUGCCAUUUUUCUUUUAACGAUGGGAUUCUUUUUCGUGGUGAUUUUUCUCUUCAUACCUUAUCAAUUCUCUUAAUAAUAGUAAUGAUUAUUACUAUUAUUAUUGUGUUACUAUAUCCUGAUGUAAUCACCAAUAAGAACCAUUUACGUGGUUACUAUUAUCAUUAUGAAUUGUAUUUCAGAAACUUGUUUUUUAUUUGUAUAUUUAGAUUUUCCCGCGCAAUUAUUACUGUAUGAAUAGAAAACCAAAUUAAACUAUCAGAAUAUUUGUAAUUUACAGCUUGAAUUAAUUCUGUAAAUCAUUUCAUAUUAUAUGAUACUAAAAACCAAAUAAUUGAUUUAAUGACACAUUAUUUACGUACUUAUUAUUUUAUUUAUUUUCGGAAAUAUAUUUCCCUAUUUGUCAUUAUUCUUUCUUUCUGUUCUACAUUGUUUCUUACCGUUCUGUUUUUAAUAUAUUAUCUGUGAAUGACAUACACAUCACGUUUUCGUGCAUUUAUGUUCAUGAACAAUACAAUAACAUAGACUAUAGUAUGUAUCAUCAUGAUUACUACCAAUGAAAGGCUGUGUGACAUCUCAAUAAGGCAUUUAAUCAGUCUUCAUUUGUGUCUUAUUAAAUUGUCUUCGAUUACUAGAAAAAAGUUUUUAAUUGCGGUUAUUUUGAAUCUCUUCAUUUAAUCUAUACAUACACAUAUAUUCUUUAUUCUUACAUUUUGUGUUAAUUGUUACAUAUUGGAUAUAAUUAGAUGCUUCUGCUAUAACUAUCCCUUCCCACCCAUGUUGAUUCUUCCACUUGUUUGCAUAUACGGCAGUGUUUGCCUUUAGUCUUUUUUAUAGCAUAAUAUAUUCUGAUAUAAAAGACACUUGGUUGUUUUGUUCCUUGCUGUAAUAACAUUGAACUGUAGUUAACAUCUUAGUGUUUUGAAUAAGGCUUUCAUUCAAAAAAUAUAUUCACGAUUAACUCACUUCCAUGAGAUACCUUUAUUCGAGUGAUAUUUUCCUUUAGCCAGAACCUAGUUCUUAUCUCUUAAUCGCGGUUUAGAGAAUUGAAGUCAGUUAAAUACAGUAAGUUAUUUCCUUAUAGUUAAUAAAUUUAGUACUGGUUUAUUCUGAUUGAUCCGUCGUUUUAAUUAUUCCUAAGUUUUACACAUAGUAUCAGUUUGACGUUGGUACAGAUGAAUACCUAGGAUAAAUGAUGAAUGACCUCUCUCAUAUUCUCAGUGAAAUCGUCAACGAUAUUUUCUAAAUACAUGUAUAAAAAUCACACCAGAAUUUUGUUUUUCUUUCGACAGCAAAGAUUGAUUUAACCAAUAAAUGUUACGCAACAUAUUCGAAUGUGCAAACAGAAAGUAUCACACCUUAUGUAUUUCAUUCGAGUAACAAAGUUUUCGGCCAUUUGUUUGUGAUGAACAGGCUAGUGGAUAUAGUAUGCCUGAUCUUGUUACCGUAAAUAGUUUAAUUUGCUUCAAUCAAACUCGUGCACAAAUUACAAAAUUUCGUUGUUUAUUUUAUUACUGUAAUGUAGUGUGAGUAUUAUUCUUGAUAUUUCAUAUUGACAGAAGCUGUAUUAAAUUACUGAAGAUUUAUUUAGUCAAACAAAAUUUUCAGAUAUUUUUUGUGUCUACAAUUAUCUCUUCCCUUAAUAUACAUAUCGUGAACCUCAGAUAAAUCAGUCAUUGUACAUCAUGUUCACUGAGCAAUACUUAAACAUAAUAGUUCCCUUGAAGUUCCCGUGCAUAUUUUUCUAAAUAAACAAAGCUGAUCCUAAUCAACUAACUUUAGACAAUCCGGCAUUUAACUUGUAAUUUUUAAUGACAGCUACUGUGGUUUUAGCUUUCACAUCUGUACAACCCAGCUAAAUUCAUUAAUCACUAAAUCGAAAAGGUUGUUAGGUAUCUAAGUACUCUUGUUAUGAUAUUCCACUGACAGUCAAUGAAUUUAGAGGUCACGAACCCUUUACAUUUAGGCGGUGAGAAAUGAAAUUAAUUACACUAGGAAUAGAUACAUAUUAGUCAGCCAUCUCAACUGAUGAAGUUCCACUACUUCACCAGUUGAUUUGCCAUUCUUAUCUAAUACCCGUUUCCUAACAACUGCGUUACUUACUCGAUGGUCCCAGGAUAUACGAGCAAUGUUUCGAAGACACUUGUGAUCGAAUACUAAUAAACUGCGAAUAUCUUCUACUCUUACCGGCCAUGUUUCACUGCCGUAAAGUAGGACGGAAUGAACUUCUGCGCAGUAAACUCGUCCUUUGGUUGAUAGACGGAUAUCUCGCCUACGCCAUAAAUGACUCAAGUUGGCAAAAUCUAGUCGAGCCUUCUGUAUCCGUGCUGAGAUUUCAACACACAUUAGAACACAAGGGCUGAUGAGACUUCCCAGAUAAGUGAAAUGGUCAACAUGCUUAACUACUUCACUCCCUAUCAUUAGUUCGGGUGUCAAUGCAACCCAAUCCUGAAGCAACAUUUUGCAUUUUGAGGGGGGAAUCGCAUGCCGAACAUGCUUGCAUUGUUGCUUAUAGUGGUUAGAAGACUACAUUUUGUCAGCGUCCUCACCAAAUAGAACUAUGUCAUCGGCGUAUUCUAGGUCAAAAAGUGAAUCUCCCGGUAGAAGUUCAACUCCUGAAAAUUUAGAUGAGGAAAGUGUCAUCUCUAAAAGCACGUCAACGACAAAGUUAAGCAAGAAUGGAGAGAGUGGACAGCCCUGACGAACACCACUUGAGGUAAUCAAUUCUGAUGACAGUUCGUCAUAAGCUCUCACUCUACCAGUUGUGUUCGAGUAGAGAGCCUUUAUAAGAUUAAUGUACUUCUUUAGUACUCCUUACAAUGACAAACACUGCGAUAGAACAUCAUGGUCAACAGAGUCGAAUGCCGCCUUAAGGUCGAGAAAUAC